AUGACCGAGCAUCUGUCUCUGUGUACAUGGCUUGCUACUCCCCAGUGGACCGGACUCUCCGUGCUGAGCGGAUCACAGUACGCAACGAUGCUGAACCAGCUGACCAUCUUGUUGACUUCCAACUUUCCUCUCAAGGUUGGAAGCAAUUUCUCCAUCAUUGGUCUCAAUGUCACUAUCGACGGCAACCCCGACAAUGUCUCAGUCUCAGGCAAUGACAUAUUGUCUUAUGCUCUCUGGUCGGAUACAGCGGGCAAGCUUACCGUGUUUGUCAAGGCUGAGGUCAACUCCACUUCCUUCACUGUGCAGGUCGUCAACCCAUCAUACGGCAGAGAUCCGAUCACGCUUGGCGCUGUGUGCUCGGACUGUGUGAGCUUUGCUCCUUCCUAUCUGGUCUACAAUGCAAACCUCACAAGCGGCCUCGCCACGGUCGCCCUCGCACCCAGCUCUUGCGGGAAGGACGGCCAAGGGAUCGCACUGUACGGCAGCGACUGUCAAUACAAAUGCUAUGGUGUGGUCACAGAUAAAUAUUGUGUCUGCAAUGCGGGGCAGUUCGGGCCAGGCUGCUCUCAGAGUCUGGGAACUCCUUCUCAGGUGCAAACAAAGUCCAUUCCGCCAGGUGAGGCAGCAUCUAUCUCAGGAUCGGGCGGGCUCUCGGUGAGUCUUCCAGCUGGGGCUCUGCUGGGGUCUCAGACCAUUAGCGUGGCGGUCUACGACGUGUCAAAUCUUAACCUAUCUCAAGGAACUACGGAGACGCUUGUACCAGCUGGGCCCGUGAUCAUCUUUACUCCAGCUGGUCUGCGGUUCAAGAAGCCGAUAACCAUCCGCAUCCCGUACAAUCCUGACAAGAUACCAGCAAAUCUUCGACCCUACGUGUUCUACUACAACUCAUCGUCAUUGAAUCCGUGGGAGCGACAGAUUUCUACCCCAAGACCGAACGCGACUCCUCCGGUCUUGGAGGCUUUGAUCGAUCAUUUUUCGGGGUUUACUCCUCUUGGUGCAAAUCCUCCCUCGAAUAGCGAUUCAUCUUCUCCGGCUUCUUCGUCGACUGCCCCAGCUGCUCCACCUACUUACACAGCCUCAAGCUCGGCCUCCGGCUUUGCGGUUCGAUUGCAGGUCGUCUCGCCCAUGUCAGACACCUUCUUCAGCUCCAACUCCGACCAGAUCAAGCAAGCGCUGGCGGAGGGACUCAGACUCAACGUCGCCGAUGUCAACAGCCCGACGGUCAUCGGAUACGUGCAACGACGGUCCAACCAAUCUCUCUCUUUCUCGGCAGACUUGAAGGUGGACAACCCCUUGGGCUUUGUCGAGUCAGUACAAGCCAACGCAUCUCAGACGUUGACGAGAUUGAACGUGGCUUUCUCGCAGAGGAGCAUCCCCGACGCUACAUCUUUCAGCAUAUCAUUGAUACCGCCGCCUGCUCUGUCCUCGGGCGCGAUCGCAGGGAUCGCCAUCGGGUCAGUGGGAGCAGGGCUGGUGCUGGUGGCUAUCGGCUGGAUGGUCUACAAGGAGAGGAAGAGAAGGAAUGUGGAGAAGCGAUACGCUAUCUCUGAGCCGCCUGCACAACAAGCAGCUCCGCUUCCUGUUCAAGAGUCUCCAGUAAGUGCAGAUGGCUUCAGCGUAAGCAGUCAGUUCGUUGUAGAACCGACCUUUCAAAAUCAAGGUUUUCACUACUACAGAUGGAGCUGA